AAUUACUCUAUAUUGUAAUUUUUUUUAAUAUACGGACUUCGUACCUUCUUUAGAUAUUAUUUUGUUUUUAUUAAUUUUCUAGAAUUUAAGCUUAAUUUUCUUAGUAAAUUUAAUUAAAAGUUAAGUAUAAUGGCUCGAGUAUUAGUCGGUGUAAAGAGAGUUAUUGAUUAUGCUGUGAAAAUUCGCGUUAAGCCCGACAAAAGUGGUGUAGUAACUGAUGGCGUGAAACACUCAAUGAAUCCUUUCGAUGAGAUUGCAGUAGAAGAGGCGGUCAGGCUGAAGGAGAAAAAAUUAGCCAGUGAGGUCAUUGCAGUCUCAUGUGGGCCAACACAAUCGCAGGAAACUCUUAGAACAGCUUUGGCCAUGGGUGUGGACAGAGCCAUACAUGUUGAGGUAGCUGGAGCGGAGUAUGAGAGCUUGCAACCGAUCCAUGUGGCUAAGAUACUUGCAAAGUUAUCACAAGAUGAGAAAGUUGAUCUUGUUAUUGUAGGCAAACAGGCAAUCGAUGAUGACUCAAAUCAAACUGCACAAAUGACAGCUGCAUUCCUAGACUGGCCUCAAGGAGCAUUUGCUUCAAAGUUAGAGAAGACCGAUUCUGGCUUGACUGUGACCCGUGAAAUUGAUGGUGGUCUUGAAGUGGUAAAAACAAAGUUACCGGCUGUUGUCAGUGCAGACCUCAGGCUCAAUGAGCCCAGAUACGCUACUCUUCCAAAUAUUAUGAAAGCCAAAAAGAAGCCACUAAAGAAAGUCACUGCAAAAGACCUCGGCGUGGAUCUUACACCGAGGAUCAAGGUGGUGUCCGUAGAAGAUCCUCCAGUGAGGCAGGCCGGCUCCAUCGUGCCCGAUGUCGAUACGCUCAUCGCCAAACUCAAGGAGGGCGGGCACAUUUGAAAAUACACUGUAUAUUUAUUAUAACAGAGUUUAUUUCCCUGUAUAAAUAUAAAAAUUGUUUUUCUACACGAGAUUUUUGUGGAGUACUGUGGAUUACGUAGUCAAGUUAUUGAAUAUACAAUAUUAACAAGUUAA